AUGAGCAACUCGAAGUACGUUCGCCUGGACGAUAAUAAAGAACCGGAAGUUGAGCGAAGCUCAGCAGCAGCCAAUAAUUCUACUGAAGCGAGCUCAAUAACUGAAGAUGAUGAAAAUCAGAGAAUUUUCCCGAGGGACACUGUAUUGGGAAUAGUACCAGAGGAUGAUACACCUGAAUACGACGAUAUUCAGUUAGAACGAUCGUUACGACCUUGUCUGACAAUAGCUGCUGUUUUACUUGUUAUAUGGGUGUUUGCCGCCAUAAUAUACUAUACCUUAUUUGGAACGAAAAAUAUUGAUAGAUCAGACACAUCAAGACGAAUAGGAUUUGAGGAUUUUAUUAGUGGAUCAUAUCAACCUUCUUGGAAAGAAUUAGAAUGGAGUACAACUUCUGAAGAAGAUGGAAUAUUUACAUAUCGAGAUGAAUAUAAUAAUAUAAUAAUGGAGCAUAUUGCAGAUAAUUCAAAAACUGAGUUCGUUUCCGGUAGAGAUAUUGUUUAUCCUUUUGGCGGGCCAAUCGAUUAUUUUUCAUUUAAAGUCUCUUCUGAUUCUUUAUAUGUGUUACUUGCUACCAAUAAAGAAAAGCAAUGGCGUUAUUCAUACUACGCCAAUUAUUGGAUAUUUAAUGUCACAUCCAAAAAAACGUUUCCUCUAAUUUCCUACGAUCAAUAUGCUAAGAUUGCAUAUGUUGAAUGGAGUCCGGAAGGUCAUAGUGUGGCUUUUGUAAAAAAUAAUGAUAUAUAUGUUUUGAUAGAUUUGACUAAUGAACGACGUUUAACAUUUGAUGGUACUGACAAUGUGUUUAAUGGAGUUCCCGAUUGGAUUUAUGAAGAGGAAGUUCUCGCUAGUAAUUAUGCGUUAUGGUGGUCACCGGAAGGGAAACAAGUCGCAUAUCUAAAACUUAAUGAAACGGAAGUUCCCGAAUAUCGUUUUCCUUUAUACUUGAAAAACGAUAUUGCAGAUUCGUAUACUCAUGAGGUGGUUAUGAAGUAUCCCAAACCUGGAUAUCCUAACCCUCGCGUAACACUUCAUGUAUAUGAUAUAGUAAGUUCAUCGAUAGUUGAACAAACAGAGGCUAUACGAAUGGAAUAUAACUUCGAUGACGAGGAUCGACUUAUCACUGAAGUUGCUUGGGCCGGGGAGAGUUAUUUGCUUGUGCGUGUAAUGAACAGAAUACAAGAUCUACAACGAAUUGUGCUUGUUGAUGCUGCUUCUCGUAAGGGAACUACAGUCAGGGAAGAAAAUGCUGAAGAACAAGACGGAGGAUGGUUUGAAAUUGCUCAAAGUAUCGUUUAUAUUCCGAAGUCAGACACGCGCAAAAAAGAUGCAUAUAUUGACCUUGUUAACAAUAAUGGAUAUCUUCAUCUUGCUAUGUUUUCUCCGAUUGAUUCAUCCAAUCCCACAUUUUUAACGAGUGGAGAAUGGGAAGAAUCUUCAAUUGAAAGACACGUAUACUCCAUCACUUUUGAUGGAAAAAAUAAAACUGCGUUAACUGAUACUAGUAAACCUGGACAAUAUUCGGUUGAUUUUUCACCUGGCACUAACUAUUACAAUUUGAAGUACGAGGGACCAGAUUUGCCGUGGCAGAAAGUAUUAAAAGUUAAUGAACCAAAAUUUGAAAAUGUACUAGAGAAUAAUACACGUUUACAGCAAUUAUUAGAAAAAAAGGAUUUACCAACCAUACGCCGAACUUCCAUUAGUAGUGGAGGAAUAGAAAUGAAUGCACUGGAAAUUCGACCUCCACACAUGGAUGAAAGUGGAUACCAAAAAUACCCGGUAUUGUUUCGAGUUUAUGGUGGACCUUGCUCGCAAAUAGUCAAUUAUAAAUUCGCAAUAGAUUGGCAUACAUAUUUGGCAUCAUCCGUGAAUCCAAAAUUUAUAAUCGUGAUGGUUGAUGGUCGAGGUACCGGAUUCAAAGGCCGCGCAUUUCGUGUGGGAGUUCGAAAUCGCUUGGGUGAAUUAGAGUCUACAGAUGUCGUUAAUGCAGGUCGAUAUUGGUGUAAUCUAAGUUAUGUUGAUUGUAAUAGAAUAGGGAUAUGGGGAUGGUCAUAUGGUGGCUAUUUGACAAGUAAAAUUGUAGAAGCAAAUUCUGGAGUAUUUAAACUAGCGAUUGCUGUUGCGCCUGUCACUGAUUGGCGAUUUUACGAUUCUAUUUAUACUGAAAGAUAUAUGAAGACACCACAAUUAAAUCAAGAAGGAUAUCAAAAAAGCGCAGUUUCGAAUAUGACUGAUAAUGUGCAUUUUCAACAGACUGCGGUGCUUGUUGAUCGUCUUACACUCGCCUCUGUACAUAAUUAUCAAGUUCAAUUUUUCACUGAUAGUGAUCACAAUAUAAUGAAAAAUAAUGCGUAUAGCGAGCUUUAUCUGCUUAUAACCAGAUUUUUGGAAGAGAAUUUCGGUUUAGAAGAGAAUUCCGGUAAAAAAGAAUGA